UUGCUUUUGAAUGAAUUAAAACUUUAUAAUAUGUCUUCCAAAGGGCCGAGCAUCCGCUCAAAUAAAGCCUUAGUCCUAGAUUUUGACAACCCAAAUAUCCAGAAAUGAUUCCUAAAGAAAUCUUUUGUAACUACAGCUAGUGAGUGCGCUGAUCGAAAUUUCUGAGAGGAAUUCGCCAAUCAAGUUGUAGACAAUGGCAUUGUGCUGUAUAUCUAUGUAAAUACUACUUCUUAUCAGAAAGAUAUGAUAAGAGAGCUGUUCGAUUAUAUUUUUAAAGACAAGAAAUCGUCUUACAAACUGAUUUCGUUCAAGCCUUUGUUUUUCCUAUCUUUAGGGCUGCUUUUGGACCGAAAGUACAGUGUUAUUAUCUAUUCUGGUGAGAAGCAUUUCAUUCCGAGGGAAAUCUACCAAGAAUUAGAAAUUACACGAGAUUCCUUGCCUUGUAUUAGCGUUAAGAAUGCAGCGCUUCUAAAAUAACUUCAAUAUUGAUACUUACCAAGAUAACUUUCAUGCAUCAGAUCUGACUCUUUGAAAAGUAUGCUUGCCAAUUUUCAAUAAAUUUGAAGCAGCUAGUACUCUGUCCCCAGAGAUUAAUAUGACGAAUAGCUUCGCUUCAACCUCUGCUUCUUCAAUUUCAACAAAGUGAUCCACAGUUGGGCUCUCAUUGUCAGGAAGAGGCCACAACAAGGGAGAAGAAAUAAAAACUAGCACCUCUAUAUCUGAAUCAAGCUCUAGCACUCUCAAGAAAUUCGACAAGAAAUAUAAGGAAAUAUUUAAUGAUCUCCUUCCUAAACUUGUCAAUAAGAAACAAGAGAAAAGCAAAGAGUUCACGAAGCUCAUGGCUGACCUAGACAACACUGUGAAGCAACAUCUGCAGAAGUACAAGAAAAUGGAUACUCAAGAAAAGGAAGAUUUCUUUGUCUACACCUUCUUCACUCUUUGACAGAAGGAAUGGCUAAGAGGAGAACUUCCAACUCUACUCAUUGAUAUGUUCAAUAACUCCCCCAUCUCCUAUAUGGAGCUCAUACAUAUUAACGAAGUAGAUUUGGUAAUAGACGCUUCCAAGAUAGUCAGCACUUCUAAGAGAUCUAAGCUCAAGAAGUUGGGCAAUUAUGAGAAAAAGAAUGCUGACUCCUUAUCCAAAAUUAUGACAUCUGUGCUAGAAACUAUGCUGAAAGACCAAGAGGCCCAGAAGCCAACAACACCUUUUUCUAUGACCAAGCUGAAGGGGAAGGUCACUAAUUGGCUCCAGACUUACUCUAAGAUGAACAAGGCAGAUAAGAGUGCUAGGAUUAUUUCGUACUAUAAGCCAAUGCCCACUAUAAUAAUCCAAGCUCUAAAAAACGAAGAAAUUAUCAUCGAAACAGAAGGAGGCCUUCAGAUAGACUCUAGUAACCUAGAGUACAUCUAUGCACGGACAGAGAAAGUACCUGGGAACGCAUAUUUCGUCCCUUAUUUCCAGUCAAUUAAAUAA